GUUGGUCAACUGAUAAACGCCACGCAGGCCGCUGGAGCACAGGCAUGAGGACUUCUUUUUAUACUAUUUUCUUUUAUUUUGUCCGAAAAAAGCAGAUUGCGAUCGCUAUGCCGUGAGAUGAGCUUAAUGCCGUAAAUUCAUGCACGCCGACCGUGUGGCAUUGCUAGCCAAUCACCGCUUCAGGCGGCAGCUGAAAGCCGACUAUAAACCACAUGCAUCGCUGCCUAUUAUGUCUAAAUGAGAAUUCACGCUCCUUCAUGCAACAUUUUUAUUCAAUCUACAAACAAACUUCCGUUCAAUCUACAAACAUAAUGCAAAUAGAAGCAACUGAACCACGGGCAUCCCGGGCCAUCGAGGCCAUCAAAUCCGGCAAUGUUGACUCGCUUAGACAGACACUGGCAGAUUGCCCCGACCUCGUCAAGGCUCACAUCAUGUCUGCCGGCGAUGGGAGAACUCUACUUCACAUCUUGGCUGAUUGGCCGGGCAACUUGCCCAACAACAUUGCCACUGCUCAGGCCUUGAUCGAGGUUGGUUGUGAUGUGAAUGCUAGAUUCAUUGGACAUCACACAGAGACACCGCUUCACUGGGCAGCGAGCAAUGACGAUGUAGCUCUACUCGACGCUUUGUUAGAUGCUGGAGCUGAUAUCAACGCCGACGGCGGAGUUAUAGCUGAGACACCCCUAGCCGAUGCAAGAGCAUUUCUACAGUUGAAAUGUGCACACCGGCUUGUUGAAAGGGGAGCAAUCGUGAGCAUUAAUGAUGCCGCAACGCUCGGGUUGCUCGCCCGCGUCGAAGGCUUCUUCGCACAAGACCCUGGCGUAUCUGACCAUGAUCGAAACUGUGCACUAUGGAAUGCAUGCCAUGGAGGGCAACUAGAAACUGCCAAGUUUCUACUGCGGCGUGGCGCCGAGAUCAAUUUCAUUCCUGACUGGGAAGACAUGACGCCAUUGGAUGCGGCCGAGAGAAGCAAAGCUGAGCCUUUGGUGACCUGGCUGCGGGAACAAGGUGCUAAACAGCGAGUUGAGGUAUAAAAUGGUAUCUCACUUUUGUAGCGCUUAUUUACAGAUUGUAAUUUAUUGAAAGAGGGUGAAUGGUUGGCCUUGCCCAUUUCUGCUGGGAAGGAACAACGCUCAACGCUCAAGUAAUGCCAGUACUCUUUAUCACUGCACCCCCUCUUAAAAAGCGUAUUUAGACAUGUAAAAUGUACAUAAUCUGUUCCGUUAUUUAUAAUUUCGAGCCUAUGCGAC